AUGGACCCAGGACUGAACGAACUCCUAAAGUGGAGCGUCGAGAACUCCGAAGCAGGGCGAGAUCCCAACAAGCCUGCGACAGAGCCCAAAGGCUUGUCAGCAGAUGCCAUUCGCUCCCUCAUGGGCGGUCCUUCAGACGCCGACCUAAUGAAGGAAGCCAUGGCCAUCAUCGUGUCCGAAGAAACGACCGAGGACUCCAAGAUGACGGCCUUCGACAACCUCGAGCAACUGAUCGAAAACCUCGACAACGCCAACAAUCUGGAGCCGCUAGGUCUCUGGACGCCUCUCCUUGGUCAACUCGACAGCCCGGCAGCCGAUAUGAGGAAGAUGGCUGCUUGGUGCAUUGGCACGGCCGUACAGAACAAUGUCAAGUCCCAGGAGAGACUGUUGGCCAUGAAUGGCAUUCCGAAGCUGUGUAACGUAGCAGUCAAGGACGAGAACCAGCAAGUGCGAAGGAAGGCCGUUUAUGCUCUCAGCUCCAGUGUGCGAAAUUAUCAACCGUCAAUGAAUGAGGCAGUGAAAAAUUUGCCCUCAAGUAUGGUCGGCCCUGAUCAGGUAUCAGCUACCGACAUGGACGUUAUCGAUGCUAUCAUGGCAAAAUUACGAGAACAAUGA